ACUUGAAGCAUUUAUUCCACUGGGAUAUUGAAGGGAAGUGGAGCGGGCACGGUGUGUAUAGGCAUCUCUUAAUCCACCUCCGGCCCCUUAGCUGCAGCCACCAUGGCUGGGAUUGUACAUGGCAUCUUGUUUUGUGGCCUCUUUGGACUUUGUUGGGCAGUGACGGGAUCUAGGAUUUACCCAGCCAGUGAAGUUACCCUGCUGGAUUCCAGGUCAGUGCAAGGAGAGCUUGGCUGGAUAGCAAGUCCUUUGGAAGGAGGGUGGGAAGAAGUGAGUAUCAUGGAUGAAAAGAAUACACCUAUACGAACUUACCAAGUCUGCAAUGUCAUGGAAUCGAGCCAAAACAACUGGUUACGGACUGACUGGAUUCCCCGAAGUGGAGCUCAGAGAGUAUAUGUUGAAAUUAAAUUUACAUUAAGGGACUGCAACAGCUUGCCUGGGGUAAUGGGUACCUGCAAAGAGACCUUUAAUCUGUAUUAUUAUGAGUCCAACAAUGACAAAGAGCGUUUCAUUCGUGAAACCCAGUAUGUGAAAAUCGAUACCAUUGCAGCCGAUGAGAGCUUCACCCAGGUUGAUAUUGGGGACCGUAUUAUGAAGCUGAACACUGAGGUUAGAGAUGUUGGUCCACUCAGUAAGAAGGGCUUCUACUUGGCCUUCCAGGAUGUGGGAGCAUGCAUUGCCCUUGUGUCUGUCCGAGUGUUCUACAAGAAGUGUCCAUUGACUGUAAGAAACUUGGCACAGUUCCCUGACACCAUUACAGGUUCAGACACCUCUUCUUUGGUGGAAGUUCGAGGCUCUUGUGUAGACAACUCAGAAGAGAAAGAUGUGCCUAAGAUGUACUGUGGUGCUGAUGGAGAGUGGCUGGUGCCCAUUGGAAACUGCUUAUGUAACGCUGGGUUUGAGGAGCACAAUGGAGGAUGCCAAGCCUGCAAAGUUGGAUACUACAAAGCCCUCUCAACAGAUGCAGCUUGCUCCAAGUGUCCCCCACACAGUUAUGCUCUCCGGGAAGGCUCAACCUCCUGCACCUGUGACCGUGGCUAUUUUCGAGCUGACACUGACCCGGCUUCUAUGCCCUGCACUAGACCCCCAUCUGCUCCUCAGAACCUAAUCUCAAACGUCAAUGAGACAUCUGUGAAUUUGGAGUGGAGUCCGCCACAAAAUUCUGGUGGAAGGCCUGAUGUCUCCUACAAUUUGGUCUGUAAAAGGUGCGGCUCUGACCUGACUCGCUGUCGGCCUUGUGGCAGUGGAGUGCACUAUAGCCCCCAGCAAAAUGGCCUGAAGACUACCAAAGUGUCCAUUAAUGACCUGCAAGCCCAUACUAACUACACCUUUGAGGUCUGGGCCAUUAAUGGUGUCUCCAAGCAGAACCCUGAACAAGAUCAGGCUGUGUCAGUUACUGUGACCACCAACCAAGCUGCUCCUUCAACUGUAACCCAGAUACAGCCAAAAGAGAUCACCAGGCACAGUGUGUCUUUGACUUGGCCAGAGCCUGAGCGAGCCAAUGGGGUCAUCCUGGAAUACGAAGUCAAGUAUUAUGAGAAGGACCAGAAUGAGCGUAGUUAUCGAAUUGUUAAGACGGCCUCGCGAAGUGCAGACAUCAAAGGUCUCAACCCCCUUACUGGUUAUGUGUUCCAUGUUCGUGCUCGGACAGCUGCAGGAUAUGGGGAGUUCAGUGGACCCUUUGAGUUCACCACGAAUACAGUGCCAUCCCCGAUGAUUGGCGAAGGAACCAGCCCCACUGUGCUUUUGGUGUCCGUGGCUGGAAGCAUUGUCCUUGUGGUCAUUCUCAUUGCUGCUUUUGUCAUCAGCAGAAGACGGAGUAAAUACAGUAAAGCCAAGCAGGAAGCAGACGAGGAAAAACAUUUAAACCAAGGAGUAAAGACUUAUGUGGACCCAUUUACAUAUGAAGAUCCUAACCAGGCUGUCCGCGAAUUUGCAAAGGAAAUCGAUGCCUCUUGUAUUAAGAUCGAAAAAGUAAUUGGAGUAGGUGAAUUUGGUGAAGUGUGCAGUGGGCGUCUGAAGGUCCCUGGAAAGAGAGAGAUUUAUGUUGCAAUUAAGACCCUGAAAGCUGGUUACACCGAUAAGCAGAGGAGAGACUUUCUCAGUGAGGCCAGCAUCAUGGGUCAGUUUGACCAUCCUAACAUCAUCCACCUUGAAGGUGUUGUCACCAAAUGCAAGCCAGUGAUGAUAAUCACCGAGUACAUGGAGAACGGAUCCUUGGAUGCAUUCCUUCGGAAGAAUGAUGGUCGGUUUACAGUAAUACAGCUUGUGGGAAUGCUGCGUGGCAUUGGGUCUGGAAUGAAAUACCUUUCGGACAUGAGUUAUGUGCACCGGGACCUAGCUGCUCGUAAUAUCCUUGUGAACAGCAACCUAGUCUGUAAGGUCUCUGACUUUGGCAUGUCUCGGGUGCUGGAAGAUGACCCUGAAGCAGCCUACACAACCAGGGGUGGCAAGAUCCCAAUCCGAUGGACUGCACCAGAAGCUAUUGCAUACAGGAAAUUCACUUCUGCUAGUGAUGUCUGGAGCUAUGGCAUUGUCAUGUGGGAAGUCAUGUCUUAUGGAGAGAGGCCUUACUGGGAUAUGUCCAAUCAAGAUGUAAUUAAAGCAAUCGAGGAAGGAUACAGGCUGCCCCCGCCUAUGGACUGCCCUAUUGCACUACAUCAGCUCAUGUUGGACUGCUGGCAGAAGGAUCGUAGUGACCGACCAAAAUUUGGGCAGAUAGUCAGCAUGCUGGAUAAACUCAUCAGGAACCCAAACAGUUUGAAAAGGACUGGGCUGGAGAAUUCAAGCAGAACAAACACGGCUCUGCUGGACCCCAGUUCGCCUGAAUGGUCCCAGGUGGCUUCUGUGCUUGAUUGGCUGCAGGCCAUCAAAAUGGAAAGAUACAAAGAUAACUUCACAGCGGCCGGAUACACCAGCUUGGAAGCAGUCGUGCAUGUGAAUCAAGAUGACUUGACCAGGAUUGGCAUUAGUUCCCCUUCACACCAGAACAAGAUCCUGAGCAGCGUCCAAGGAAUGAGGACCCAGUUGCAGCAAAUGCAAGGCAGGAUGGUUCCUGUUUGAAGCUGCAGGACGUCAAAGGGGGGGCAAUUUCUCAGAACUCUUGAAAGAAAAAUUAGUUUACCUCAUCCAUGCACUUUAAUUGAAGAACUGCACUUUUUUUACAUUAUCCUCACCCCGUGGGACAAGGACUCUGCAGAAGUAUUUGGGGAUAAGCUGAAACUCAUUUAACAUGGAACAUUUGUGCAACACAGUUUUGGAAGAUCGUGCGUCAGCAACUUAAGGAUGUAGACAAAAAAAAAAGACAACGUUGACAUUUUAGAAACUUGGCUGAGUGUUUUUGUUCAUGCGAUUUACAAGACUUUAACCUUCUUCUCAUGGAUUAUUUUACAUGUAACAUGGAUAUUUUUAAGCAAUCAAUAAAAACAAGAUUAAAAGGAAACCUUCACCAGGGUGGCGAAGUGAACCAUCUUGUGAUCUGCUGUUAAAGAGACAGAGCAUUCUUGUGGGGAGGGUGGCAAACAAUUAUUGGCUGAUUCUGGAAACCUUCUGUGCUCAUUGGCUGGCUGACAGAUUAUCAUUGGAUAGUGCCUGAACUCCUUGGAGAUAAAAGAAUAUAUAUUUGCCUGUGCUUCUGCUGCUAGAGAAUAUCAGAUGUCAAAAAAAUGUUUAUAAGGGAUUCUCGUUUUGCUUCCUUCAGCGACCCAUGGGAAACUGGAGCAAGAAGGCAUCAGAGAUCAGAGUCAUUCAUUUUUUAGGAACUUCAGAGAAGGGUCAGCGGAAUGUCACAGUAGAAUGUUAAAACACCAUUGUUGCUUCUCCAGCAAGAACAUGGAAUUUCUCCAGCACCACAAGAUCCUGCAGGUCUUCCUCUCCAUUCCAUGUUGCGCCUUAUGACUCCCCUGAAUGGUUCCGUGUUGUCUACAGCAAGCUUGGUCCAAGAUUAACAGAAUAAUGCAUUGCCUGCAGUAAACCCUUUUUGGGAUUCAGCAAAAAGAAUAAUCAUUUUCAAAAAAGGGAAUAAUGGCACUUCAGAUCCACAUCCAAACUAGGAUUUUUGCUUUGUGUUCUCUUAAAAAAACAACAACCUGUAAACUGUGCUUUGCUACAGAGAGGUGGAACACUAGUAACUAUUGCCUGGGACAGAACUAAAUGCCAAACAACCUUAAUAAGGGACUGAGCAAGAAGCGGUCAAGGGACUCUUUUAUGUUUUGGUGUGUCCAUAGAAGAGCAGUGGUGAUGCACUACCAUUGGGGCCUAUCUAUUCCUCUCUUGGUUGAGGCCUCUGUAAUAUAACACUAUAAAAUACUUUCCUUUCACGAUAAUAAAUAUGCAAUUUCACGAGAUAAAAGCAUCUUUACUGGUCAUAGUGACAACCAUAAAGUGCUACCAACUUAGCGUAUGUAUAUCUCUAAAUUCACCUCCCCAAAAUGUGUUUUUUUUGUACUAAAUGCCCACAUUUCAAUUCAGAUUCUUAAUGUUGCAGGAGGGUAACAAUUCAGGGUUAUUUGUCUUGGAUAAACUUGGAAUCCACAUAAUAAUCCUUAUGUUAGUUGGGAGAGAAAAGUCAGAGCUUAAUGCUAUCUCCGUGGGUUCUUAGCUUCUCUGUAGAGCUCCUAAAACCAAUGAUGCUAGGACUGUUAUCAGCAGUGAGAGUAAUAAAAGGCUUGUGGCAGCCAUCUGGGUAUUCAGUAGGAAAAGGAAAGUUUUGCAAUUCACAAAUAAGAUCAUGUUGUAAAUGUGUAAGAUAUACAGAAGGCAUCCAACAUAUGGGGGAAAAGCGAUGUUUUCACAAUGCCUUUUGCCAUUGUAUGUGAAAGGUAUUGCAGCCCUCAUAAAGUUAUUUGACAUACCCAGCAUAAAAGGAACAACAUUUGGUCCAACACAUACUGGAAUGUUUCUCCAAACUUUUGGUGCUAGGAUGAUCUGGCUGCCUUGGUAAACUGAUAAGGACCAGCCAUUUUCAUCAGUAGGAACAUGGAUUGGUGGUUGAGAAGAAGACCUAGUUCAGAAGCUUUAGGCUGGAAUGCUUUCUUUGUUACUGCCAAAAAAAAGAAAAUAAUGAAAAAAGAAAAAGAUUGCAAAUGUAUCCCCAGCAAUACGUGUGAAGCCUAAAGGAAAUCAUUAUCACUUUUGUACUGGCCCCUUCAGCAUCAAAAAGGACAUCACUCAUGCAAUUGGUCAUUAACAGUAUUUUUCUUCCUUGAUUAAACCCCAGUGAACCUUAACUAGAGAAUAAAAUCAAAAGGGACCGUUAUAUUUUUGUGUCACUGCAAAAUAUGAGUAUUAAUUUAGCUUCUACUAAAAUGAGACGUCUAACAGAACAUUCUAAUUUGGUUCAAAAAUUGGUUAAAAGUAUGUAUGUUUCUAUUUUAAUUUUCAGUCCUUUAUUUUUGUUUUGUUCCCGCCCCCACUUUGUUUUUGCUGGAGGGAAGGGUAACUGGUUCCUCUUCCCUUGUUGUUAGGUACGCAUAACUUAUCAUGUUUAUUUAUGGUCUUUUUAUACCUAGUUUGUAAAAUUGUAAAAUAGAAAAGUUAAUGCAAAUGUUUGCAUUCUGGAGAAAAUAUUAAUAAUGAAAAAAAAAUUUACAAAAAUAAAGUAGUUAAAUAAAA